UAUUUUUGAAGACAGACCAAAAUCAUUUUUAAGUAACCAAGAAAUUUUAUUGAAAUCAACUGAGCAGCUAGGUGAUAUUCAAUAUCAAACAAAAUUUAAUGAAGGAUUAGAUUUUGAAAUAGCAAAACCUAGCUAUAGCCUUCAAAUCGUUGAUGAAAGGCCAAUUGCUAUUUUGAAAAUUCAUUAUAGACCUUAUUCUUGGUUACUUUAUCAAGGAAUCUUAAAGUAUCAACAUCGUGAUUAUUUUUAUGAUUUUUAUGAAGUUAGGUCUGAUG